CCUAUCUAUAUUCAUAUGUUGCCAACCAUGAUGUUUUACAAACUACCUUUAUACAGCCAUUGUACCUCUAUAUUGAGACUACUGGUCCGUGUAUCACCCAUCGUUAGGUUUAAUUCGUCAAUAACGGAAUUUACUACCAAGGAAAUCGAUGCAUCUAAAAAAUGGGUAGAGAAGUUUACUCCCAUACAAAUCCCUACGGAUGUAUUUACCAUUUCAUAUAGCAGAUCAUCUGGCCCAGGUGGUCAAAAAGUUAAUAAGACAUCUUCGAAAGCUACGGUAUCGCUUGAACCUGGUCAAUGGCUAACUCCGGCCACGAGUUUCUGGAUCCCCCAGCCUAUUCAACAUCAAUUGAAGGAAAACAAGAUCAGGUAUGAAACCAAGGGAGGAGGUCUAUUGAUACAGAGUGAUGUAUUUCGCAGUAGAGAUGCCAAUACGAGUGAAUGUUUUAAAAAGUUGUUAGAAGAGAUUAAAUCAAAGGUUUAUUUCCCUGGUGAGGUUAGUGAACAAGCCAAACAGAAAUGGGAGAAACUAGAACAAGCAGCUAAGGAACGUCGUAAAGUUGAAAAGAAGAUUCUUUCAGAGAAAAAGAAGAGUCGAUCUAAGAGCUUUGAUUUGUAAGUUGAUGUAUGUCAUACUUUUAGAUUGUGUAUAUAGUAAUUGGUCUGAAUCACGAAAUUUUUUGGUUGUCCAGUUUGUCUCUUUUUUUUUGUUUGUUUUUUUUGUUUCUUACACUAUAUCAUAGUAUGACGUUUAG